AUGGAUAAGGGAAAUACUAAGAACGAGAGUAGAGUGGGUGUUCUUAAUAGAAAAAGCUUAUCUUUCAAGAAUUACCAGAGGUCUGAGCUCGGUUUCGAGAAAAGUAGUUACGAGCUAGAGACAGAUGUUGAAAUCAAAGCUUCAGCUGGGAAGUUCCAUCACAUGUUUGCUGGGAGACCACACCAUGUCUCCAAAGCAACUCCAGGGAAAAUUCAGGGCUGUGAGCUUCAUGAAGGCGAAUGGGGCAAAGUCGGCUCUAUAGUCUUCUGGAAUUAUGUUCAUGAUGGAGAGGCAAAGGUGGCAAAAGAGAGGAUUGAGGCAGUGGAGCCGGAGAAAAACCUCAUCACUUUUAGGGUGAUAGAGGGAGACUUAUUAAAAGAGUAUAAGAGCUUUGUGAUCACAAUCCAAGUGACUCUUAAAAGAGGAGGACCUGGGAGUGUGGUGCACUGGCACGUCGAGUAUGAGAAAAUUGACGACAAAGUGGCUCACCCUGAGACCUUCCUUGAUUUCUGUGUCCAAGUCUCCAAAGAGAUCGAUGAACAUCUCCUGAACGAGGAAUAGAGAGUACUCUUUAAUUGAGUAUCUAUCCAAUAAUGUGUAUAUGUCAGUUAUGAAGCACGCAUGUUCUUGUGUAUGAUACAAUAAACAAGGAGCGUAGCCCAAUAUAUGUGAGUGAUAUAGAAAAGAGUUGUACUCUAGAUGUGUGUAUGUCAUGUUUGGUUUUAAUAAAAGCUUAUGUGUUUGUGGAUA